AUGCCUGGCCUUACUCCCAUCUCUACAUCCCGCAAUACCUUCGUGAAGUUUCACGACACCGCGUAUGACUUUUUGUCCGCGACACUACCCACCCUCCGGAGACACGAAAGGUCUGCCAAUAUCGUCCUCGCCCAUGCAUUGAAGCUGGUCGGGACUGAGGCGGCUUUGACUGGUUGCAAUUUCAUCAAUGAAUCCGACGUCUCUAGUUGGUGGAACCAAUCAUCUCACUCACCCAGUCAAAUGCGCUUUGACGAGACACAGCCGUUCUGGCUGACGGUGUGGUCAUCCCCCUCCCCAUUCAGCCAACCCACGCUCGACCUCGUCCUGUCUUGCGUCAAUUGGACGCUAGGCGACUAUCCCAUAUUCCUUUGGACUCCCAAAAACCCCUCUCAGAUUACAAGCCAGUGGUUGACACCCCGCAUCGAUCUCGUCGCCGAGAACCUACUCGACCUCGUUCCACCAGAACGUGUCUUCUCAAUAUUCGGCAUGACACUCCUCGUCAAGACAUUUGCCAGCUACUGGAAACAGCUCACAAAUAUCGCUGUCGAGCCUGAGCCCUUCUACGCCGCUUCAUACACCUGGUGCACACUAUCAACAUUCAAGGACUCGGACGCGCCUCUGUCCCGCGGCGAUUACAUUCGCCGCGCCAACAUGCGUGAUCUCGAGCAAGUUGCCCAGCUUUGCAAAGAGUUUGCAGAUGACUCCAUCUACUUCCCAUUGACCCUCGAGCGCGCACGGAUCGAGGCGCGCGAGCUCAUCGCCAAGGGCCUGAUCUGGAUUUACGAAGUCGAGGGCGAGUGCACGACUAUCUGUGCUGUCACACGUAGCUCGCAGAAUGUCAGCGCCAUCACCAAAGUGUACACUACUCCCAAAUGGAGACGGAGGGGCUACGCCGAGCACCUCGUGCGGGACGUCACACGGAGACUGCUGAUGGACUGCGGCAAGAGCAGUGUUACGCUGUAUGUUGGCCACAGCAAUAGCGCUCAAAGGGUCUACGACCGCGUCGGCUUCGUCGGCUUGUGCGGGAACGUCAAACUUGAUGGUGUCGAAGAUGCCCUGGAAUUGGGCUUCAAAACAGGUGCUCCGAGAGGCCACUGGUGA